AUGGCAAACGUCUCUCACGGCCGUGGCGGUGCCGCCAACAUUGCACCCGACGAUACCCCCUACACCGACGGCGAGAUUGUUCGCAAGGGAGAAGUAGGAAACCAGGGAGAUGGCCCAUACUCUGCCGGGCGUGGCGGCGCUGGAAACAUUGAUAAAGAUGGGAAGACGACGGCCUCGACACCACAUGACGCAGAUGUUAUCCCCCAGACAGCUACCCGAAUCUCCAAAGAAGAAUCUCACCACGUCGGCCGAGGAGGUGCAGGCAAUGAAGCCCAUGUACACGAGAAGAAACAUGAAAGCUUCAUCGACAAGAUUAAACACUUCUUCACUUCCAAAUAG